CUACAAAAAGGAGCGCACAAUCUCCCCAUUGUUCACUUCCAUCAGUGUCCUUCUGACCUCCGAGCUGCUCAGGCAUGGCCCCCAAGAAAGCCAAGAAGAGGACAGCAGAGGGAGCCAACUCCAACGUGUUCUCCAUGUUUGAGCAGGCUCAGAUCCAGGAAUUUAAAGAGGCCUUCACCAUCAUGGACCAGAACAGAGACGGUGUCAUCGACAAGAAUGAUCUGAGGGACACUUUUGCUGCUCUAGGACGUGUCAACGUGAAGCAGGAAGAGAUUGACGAGAUGCUCAAAGAGGCUGCUGGCCCAAUCAACUUCACCGUCUUCCUCACCAUGUUCGGUGAGAAGCUGAAAGGUGCUGAUCCGGAGGAGACCAUCCUCAACGCGUUUAAAGUCUUUGACCCUGAGGGACAAGGAGUGCUGAGGAAAGACUAUGUGACUCAGAUGCUUACAACACAAGCGGACCGAUUCUCCCCCGAAGAGAUGGUGCAGAUGUUCGCUGCCUUCCCCCCAGAUGUGGCAGGAAACCUGGACUACAAUAACCUGGUUCACAUCAUUACCCACGGAGAGGAGAAGGACCAGGAGUAAACAUUUCUGUCGGUUUAAAAUACAAAGUCACUUUGUUGCUAGUCAAUGACAUGGAACUGACCCCUCUGGCCUUGAAGGAGGACGGCGGUUUAUUGAUGCAGAUUGGCGUUGGCGGUAUUCUCUGUAACAGUAAAAAUCAAGUCAACACCCAAAAGCAUCAAUAAUUGCGACAUUGCGGGUUCCCUUUCUGCUUCCUCCCCAGGAUGCUCCCACAUUCGCCCGAGAUCCAUUACAUUAUUUUCUUUAUUGUUUUGUGCACUCCACACCACCUACGUGUUCAUUUUGAUAUAAAAUAUCCAUUCGUUUGGCCUGUGGAUGUUUAUCUAAUAAAAGUUUUAAUGG